AGCGAAGCGGUGCAACGCAGGCGCGCGCACGACACAGACCAGCAGGCGGCGCUUCUCACCGUCCAUCAAGCAGUUUUGGCUCCGGGCCUUUUGUGGCUCCCAUUGCCUCACUUCUAUAGAGAACACUAUCACUUUAUGUGACCGAGUCUCCUUCGUAUUUGUUAAAAACAGCUAAACCUCACAGUCAAAGACGCAUAAAGUAGCCACAGAAUGACAGGAACGAAGGUACGCUACCCUCGGCAGAAUUCGAGAACUGCACCCGGAGGGAUUUCGUGCAAGAGUUCCAGUUUGUCCACAUGCUUAGGGGGAAAAUGGCAUUGUCUACACACUGUCUAACAACUUGUGAGAAGAUGGACAACUGGACAAGGGUCACCCGGAAGCACCUUUUCAGUGCGAUUCAGAGCUCUCCAGAUGGAGUGAGCUGGGCCCCAGGACGCCCCAGCCACCCUGACACACCACCCAACAUCUACGAGGGAGGGCUGGGGGCCCAGCAGCAGCAGGGCCCUGGUGCCCAGGCAAGCAAGCCCAAGAACUUCCGACUGCGUCACCUCCGGAGCCUGGCUCUCUACCUGCCAGGCCACAUGCAGCCUGCUGGGCAAUGUGGAAGCCACUGGCUAGGUCGGCUCAUGGCUGGGGGCAGCCUGCCACAGCCUGAAGGCUCGGCCUGGCCCCUGUCUCUGCCACAGGGGACCCUGGGUCCAGGUAACAGGCAUUGCUCAACCCUUCUGGAAGCCCAACUGCCCAGGGACAGCCUGGGAAAUACAGCUUCCAGUUCCAGCAUGGACCCAGCCAAGGGUGUCCCCUCCCAGUCUGGUCCCCCUGAGGGCUUGGGACUCAGGCCCAAGAGGUCCUGGAGAGCCUUGGAGGACACCAUGUGUCCCUUGUGCAAGAGAACCCGCUCUGGGGCCUUGGAGAGGACAUAAGGAUCCAAAGUGCCAGGGCUGGGGACAUUAAGGGAAGGAUGGCCGAGGAGGAGGCGGAGGCCAGGUUUCCUGAGGAAGGGUGCAGUCCCAGCAGCUGCCCUCCCACUGAGAUGGCCCCCACAGCUGCCCAGCAUCAGACCUGGGCUAGUUUGGGCAAAGAAUGAGGGAGGGAGGAGGAAGUCUCUUGAGAGGGACGGAAGAAAUGGAAGCAUGCCCAUGCCCUUGCAGCCUGCCCAAACUCCAGUCAGCCACGUGUAGCUGAGAGGCCAGGCUGAGCAGAGAAUCUGGUUCCUGAGAGCCAGGGAGUCCUCAGGUCUUCCCUCAGUAAAAAGCCAAGGCCUGCAUCUUCUUGUCUGUCAUCAAGUCAAUCCAGUCAAACCCGCCCUGCAUCCUUCCAGGGAGCUUUCCUGGGGUAAUGGAGUCACGAGCCGUCUGGGGAGGCUCUGUAGGUGAGGGGCUGCUGAACAUGGUAGCUCUAGAAAUAGAAAGCAGGCAAUGUCUCACUGGGCCUGAACACAGGGCAUGACAUUCCAGGGACAAAGGGAUGAAAUGUGGGUUUGGUUUAAAGAGGGAACCAGGAGGGAACCAACCAAGGCAGGUAUGUUGGCCUGGAUCCACACUGAUCCCACCAGGGAUUUAGAUGAAUUUAUGGCCCCAAAGAAAUUUGUCAGGAUGGCCAUGGGACAGGCCUUCUUCUGGAUGGACUAGACUUCAGGUACAUGGGUGUUGAUGGCCUUGGGUAGUAACAUUUGGGACUGGAUCAAAUUUUUGUUGCAGGCCCAUUCUGUACCCUGGAGGAUGUUUUGUAGCCUCCCAAUAAUGCCAGCACUAUCCUCCACAUCAAAUGUUUCCAGACAGCAUUCAACAUCCACCAGAGACAUACUCUGGAUGGGAACAGAGCCAAGACCUCCCCUGACCUGCAUUACCUUUGGAGCCUUCUCUAAGCUCUGAUGGAGAUGGGGACAGACAGGGUGGAGAAGGGAAUUAAUUCUACAGUUUCCUGCUUGAACCAGGUCCUAGCUCAAAGCUAAGAGCCACACUGCUGGUAUGAAUUGACAGACAGCUGCUAAGGAUCGUUAAGAAACAGCCCAGUCGUUGCUUUCAGCAUAGAUGCCUUCAUCAAGUUUACACUCCUCUGCAGGACAGCUGCCUGCAUGACUGGGCCACCAGGAAGACCGUGGCAAGCAAGCUCCCCAGCCUUCACAGGCAGAGCACAAAAUGUGGAGAGCCAGCUAUUAGAGACAGGAUGAGACUAGUGAAAUGAUUUAUUUGUUUGUAAUGAGACUACUACACACUAUGAUUUAAAUGUUCAACACUGCAGUAAUUAGGAAACAGAAGGGAGGGAAAGACAGGUCGAGGCCUUUGAAUUGGAUUUAAGAAUGUCCAAGUCAGAACCUUCUGGAAGGUUCUUCCUUGACCACACAGGGCAGAAAUGAAAAUUACAUGAUCACCACUGACUGAAAAGGGCAGGGACACGGGCUCAGCCUCAGUACACAACCAAGAUCAGUCAGGACACCAGCCACCUGCUGGCCAGUUCUGUUGAGGAAGGGGAAUGCUUUUCCUGCCUUGGCCUUCCUGCUUUGUGAGGAUCCUUCCUCUCUGAGGUCAAGCAGCCUUGGGCUGGCUCUAGGGUUGAGAGCCCCGAGCCAGGAGAUGCUGAGAGGGAAGCACUCAGUAAUGGGGCCUGUCAAUAGAGCUGCUCCUAAUCAGUCUGGCAGUGAGGGGCUGUGAGGAUGCCCUACAAGGGCCCCAGUGACACUGCAGCAAUACUGGGCAGGGCUCUGGCAACAAACAUUUGGGGGUGCAAGGGAAGGGAUGCUGCAAGUACAAUCCACGGUACUGAGGAGAGCCUCUGCCUCGGAGGCCGAAGGUCCACAGGCACUGACUGCCCUCUGCGCCCAAGGCCAAGUCCCAUGGUCCACAGUAGCAGAGAUGCCCAAUGCAGAGCUCAGCCUCCUUUUCUCUGCAUUUGGCCAGACCUUGAAGCUUCAGCUUCUAGAAGGAUGAGCAAGGAAGGAACCCAGAAGCCAACAGCUAACUACCUGUCCUUGUCUCAGCUCCCAGUGUAGGUCAGCUAUAUGGAGAGCAAGCCAGGAUUCCCCAGGCAGGAUGAUCCUUCUGGACAAUAGGAAGUGGGUAGUGGGAGGCCUGAGGAACAGGGGACUGUCCAUCUAACUGUCUAUGGCGAGGGCUGAGUCUUGAAGCUUUAAGUUCUCUUGAAGGGCUAGCCCUACUCCUUCUCCCCAGCCUCCAGCCUUUCAUGGACAACUGCUUCCACCGUUUAAGCUUCUUUAGGGAUUCCUAUACAAAGACCUGGUACUCUCUUUC